AUGCCGGCGGAGCGGGGUACAGAAACGCGACGGGCAGCACGAAAGCAGAGCAGCCCCAAUGAUGAGGAAAUUGAAGUGAAACGAGCCCGCGGCGAAAUCUCUUGCGCAGAAUGCAGGCGACUGAAACUCAAGUGUGACAAGAAGCUUCCCUGUGGAUCCUGCGUCCGCAGGGGCUGCACCUCCAUAUGCCCCAACGGUAUUCUCUCUGCUGGACAGGGGACGAGAUUCAUUCUCGCCGAUACCGAGCAAUUGCAUCGGAAGAUCUCUGAAAUGAGCGAACGAAUCCGACAGCUCGAGGAUGUAGUUGCUCUCUUCCAAGCCGGCAUAUCCAAUGAGAGGCAUCCGUUACUGCGGGACGAGCUGCUGACAAUUAAGUUUGGGCCCGAGGUUCGCCGGACUGUGGAUGAAGAAAAUACCAGAGAGAAGCUGUCCCAGUCAAUCGACGCUCUUGGAACGCUCACAAUAGGUGACCACGGCGAGACAAAGUACUUUGGCCGGUCGGGCGGUUCGGAGGUGAACACGCCCCCCGACGGUGAUGACAGCGAUAUGCUCCAGAUGUCUGCUGAUUUGGAGAAUAUCGGACUCUCUUUCCCACUUGCCAUUGUUGAUGACGGUCACGAUGCAAUACUGGACAGGCUAGAAGCUCAGCUACCUCCCCGGCCUCGAGCCUGGUCGCUCUGUGAAGCCUACAUUGCUCACUUCACAUGGUGGUUUAGACCUAUCAAGCGAGACGAACUGGUAGAUGACAUCAUGACGCCGAUAUACACUACAGUCAAUACUGGUCGUCCCCGGCAAUGGCAUCAUCCCUCCGAGCUGGACUCUGGUCGCUGUCCUCACCUCCUGGCUGUCCUAUACUUCGUGCUGGCGAUCGGCGCUCUGGUCGACUUGACGCUCCCGGCUUGUAGUGCUGAGGCAGAGAAGUACUAUCGGUUGGGUCGAGCUGCUCUGUCCUUGCGAUCUAUGCUAGACUCUCCCGAGAUUGAGACUGUUCAAGCGGUCUCCCUCAUGGCAGCAUACCAUAGUAUAUGCACCUCGCGUUACAGCGUGGAGAGUGCAUGGUCCUUGAUCUCUUCUGCUGUCAAGCUUGCACAGAGUGUAUAUCGUGACAGCAAGCAAUGGAAUCUUGAUGAGAAGAACGUGCAGAGGCGGCGGAACCUAUUCUGGGAGAUACGUUUAUUCGAGAUGAUUCAUGCACGUUCUUGCAUUGCGCUCGGUCGUCCCCCGUCCAUUAGUCCCGCGCACAUCGACUGCGAACUCCCAAUUGAUGACGAGGAGUCUGUAUCAGAAACGGGUGAAACGCUCCAGGGAUUUUGGCACUUCAAGAUGGUCUUCGCGACGGAGAUCUAUGCUCCGGUCGUGGAGAACAUGCUCUCUGCAAAGCCUCCGAGUUAUGCCACUAUUCUUGACCUUGACAGGAGAAUACGACAAAUACAGCUCCCUGCUGUCAAGCUGUAUCUAAGGCCAGACGAUGACGAUUACAACAACCCAUCUUUGUGCAUGAAGAGCUACAUGAUGUCGCAUUAUCGCUCCCUGACGAUGAUCCACAUUCACAGGACGUUCUUCGCUCAGGCGCUGCUUGAUAAUCCAGCCAGCCCCCUAUCCAGCCCAUACGCGCCUUCCUUCCUCUCAGCGAAUCGUUGUGCCUCCAUUCUUCUGAAGUCGUUCAUCCACCAUCACGAACGGUGCGGAGCUCUCUGCGGUAGGUUCUGGGGAAUGUGGACCCAUGCGUUCUCUGCUGCAAUCAUUAUCGGGGCUACUGUGUCUCGCAUGCCGCAAUCGAGCCUGGCACCAAGUGCACUCAUGGAACUUGAACUCGCAAUCGAGGUUUUCCAGAGAGGCGUCAAUCAGUCCCUCCGGGCUCGCCAAGGACUGCCGAUCUUGCUUAGGCUGAAGGAGAGAGCGACAGGUGCAUAUCAAGGUUAUCGGGACCGUCAUAAUCCCGCAUCAAUUCCACAACCGAAGAUCACCGAGGAGUACCAGAAUGCGCUCGCGAUCUUUGGUGGUCAGACUCGCGUGCUGCCGGCCAAGGCACUGUCCAGAAAGCGACGCUCACGAGGGCUGUCCGGGACUCCAAAGGACUCGAGUACAAGCACUUCCAGCUCACAAGCGCAUUCCCCUCCCUCGCCGUCAGCCUCCGUAUCAACACCCAGCGAGAACGGCGGUACCCCCGCCCCCGACGUGCACCCAUGCCUGAUGAUGUACCUAUCGCAGGUCCCCACAUCGUCACCCUUCCAGACCGCGGAUCUCUCACAGGUCCUGCACACCGCUCCCACAACAAAUACGUUGCCACCAAUGCCACCUGUAAUGCCGGAGCCCGCCAUGCCUCCUCCAGGCACGGAAAUGCAGACCCCUGCCCUGCCGCAGGGCGAUCUGGACUUCCUCAACAGUUUGCUGAGCAAUCCGCAGUACCAGGGGCUGCCGGAGAUCCCACAGAAUUACGACGCGCAGCUGCCAAUGGAGAUGUUCAAUAAUAUGGAUAUGCCUGCCUUCUCAGGCGACGUCAUCAUGAGUGACCAGUGGAUGUCGCUUAUGCAGGAGACGGGCAUUCUCGACAACGUCGAAAAUCUCACGCAGGAGAACGGGUUCACUCCCAACAUCUUCUCAUUCUAGCAUCCAGACACCCAUAUCCCCCAUGCCCUCAACAAUGUAAGAUCCGCACGUUGCGCUGCCUGACCUGUUGUUGUUGUAUCGGCCUGUUGUCUGUCGAAUACAGUACCUUACCCUGAGCACUCAUAGUUAUAUCCACACGUGAUGUCUUUUGCGGGGUAGAUAGAACUAAUACUGCCCACCACUAUGUAGUAUUAUAUCUCUCACAUAUCUCAGCUACGUCCAUGACCA